AUGGCGUGGGAUUGUCGAAGUUGCCGCCGAAAGAACAGGGGAAAUGCUUGGUACUGCGCGGGCUGUGGAAAGGCCUGGCAAGAAUACUACACGGAGACUUCAGAGGCACCGUGGAAGACCCAAGCAAGGAAUACAGUGUCGCCAAGGAGGAGGCAAUCACCACGGCGUCGCAGCGAGCCAGAGGCGCCAGAGAAAGGGGCGCACAAAGGCAAGGGCGGCAAAGGCCAGCACAAGGGGGCUGGCCCAGGAAAGCCGGAGCGAACAACGGGAGCUCCAGCUUUGAAAGACUUGCCGAACCCACCAACAGCGGCACCGCCGGCGCUACCUUCGGGGACGAAUCAAGCCGGGGGCAACGAAACCUCGCCGGCCUUCACGGAGCUUCUGGCGGCCCUCUCCAGCAACCGAGAAGAGUUGCCGGAGACGGUGAGAUUACUCGUGGACGUGCACCUCAACACCUCUCACAAGGCGGCGGCGAAGUCCCUGCAUCGUCUGGUUGCUUUGCAGUCCCAGGCCAAACAGGAGCUGAGCAAGGUCAGGAGGUCACGCGACGUUUUUCUUGGAGAAUGGUACAGCUAUGUGGAAAGUUUGGGCGACCUUCUCGAGAAGCAGCUGGCCACCAAGACAGAGACGAUGACAGCUUUUGCCACUGCAGAAGACAAGUGGCAGCAGCAGAUGAUUCAAGCAACAAGGUCGCUCGCAGCGGAAUCCAAAGCAUCCGGGGACGAGGAGACCAAAGGGGAAGUGGUGGACUUGGAUGCGGAGGAUGCGGAGAUGGAGGUCUCUGCCUUAGCCGAGGCGGAUGCACGCAAAGCAGAGGCCAAGGAAAGUGCCGUCCGGAAGGAAGAGGCGCUUAUCUCGGUUCUCCGGAAGGUCAAGGACGGCGCCAAGGAGGAGCUCGAUGCCAACGCCAGAGAGCGAACUCCACGUCGAAAGGCCAAAGAGGCCAAAGAGGCCAAAGAGCAAGAAGCUGGCUCGCAAUCCUCUUCGCCCCCUGCCUAA